CGCCGGGGCUCCCGCAGAAGAGGUCAGUUCAGAGUGAAGGAGAAGCCGAGGGAGCGAGUGUUCCUGCUUCAACAGUGCUUGAACGGAACCUUCAUUCCCAGCCGCUUUAUCCGUCCACCGUCGGCAGCCCGCUCCACAGACACCAUCGUAGCAUAUCUCUGUCAUAUACUAAACUUUUUUUUCCCCCUUCGCUAUUCGAAAUGAGCUCCCAGGUACGACAGAAUUAUCACCCCGACUGCGAGGCAGCCGUCAGUCGGCAGAUCAACCUGGAGCUGUACGCGUCCUACGUCUACCUCUCCAUGUCCUAUUACUUUGACCGUGAUGACAUUGCAUUGAAGAACUUUGCCAGUUUUUUUCUGGAGCAGUCUCAUGAAGAGCGUGAGCACGCCGAGAAACUGAUGAAGCUACAGAAUCAGCGAGGAGGCCGCACCUUACUCCAGGAUAUUAAGAAACCAGAUCGUGAUGAAUGGGGAAGUGGCUUGGAUGCAAUGGUAUGCUCUUUGGAGUUGGAGAAGAGUGUGAAUCAGUCACUUUUGGAGUUGCAUAAACUGGCUACAGAUAGGAAUGACCCUCAUCUUUGUGACUUUUUGGAGACCCACUACUUGGAUGAGCAAGUCAAAUCCAUCAAGCUAUUAGGAGACCAUGUAACCAACUUGCGGAGAUUGGGUGCUCCUGAAAAUGGCAUGGCUGAAUACUUAUUUGACAAACACACCUUGGGCAAAGACAGCAGCUGAACACUUGAAUUGUUGCCAGUCCCUUGCUGCUUACAGCACUGUCUGUAAACCUCAGUGCAUGUUUAGCUUAUUUAUAGUCUGUCUAGUUUUCACACUAAUUAUGUAAUUGAUUAUAUCACCAUAAACUUAAAUGGAUUCUAUUAAGGUGUACCUUGGUGGAUUUAUUGAAGUGUACUUGUUUUAAAAAAAGUUCUCUGACUGACCUGAAUAAAGCAACUCAAAAGUG